AUGCAGGGCGUCGGCGAGGGACACGCGGUCGGGGACGCACCGCAGAACGUCCUGGCGCUGCUCAAGUAUGCGACGGGAGCGCAGAGUCCGCGGGAGUGCUUCACGCGGCUCGAGGGCAAGGCCGGCAGCACCGCUUGCAGCCAGGUGUGGACCGCGGGCGCCCUGGCCUACCGCUGCCGAACGUGCCAGCGGUCGACCUCCAGUGCCAUCUGCGUCGGGUGCUUCCUCGCCAGCGACCACGCCGGCCACGACUUCAUCCUCUACCGCAGCGACGCCGGCGGGUGCUGCGACUGCGGCGACCCUGCGUCGUGGGCGCCGGGCGGGGGCGGCGCGGACAGCGUGCCGGGUGUGGAGCUCGGGGCAGUAGAGGAGUCGUGCCGCGCGGACACGUGGCUGUGGCCGCGGCUGCAGCUCGCCGCGACGGACAGCGCCAUGGCUCGUAGUCUGCACUUGCAGAACGGGGCGUGCCUGCUGGACAAGAUACUCGACGAGAUGCCGCACCUGACGCCGAGGGCGUGCUCCGACGUCACCUCGAUGCUCCUGCGCAUGCUGUACGACAUAGCCUUCAAGCAGCGCUUCGCCGUCGCGCUCGCGCCGCGGUACGCCGCGUGGCUCGGCCUGCGCGGGGCCAACCCCGCCCUGUCGGGCCCGCGUCAGUCCGACCGGUCCCACGACCAGCUCGGCGCCGCGCUCGGGCGCCUCACCGUCCAGCUCCUCAACAGCGAGGCCGUCGCGAGCGACGUCGCCGAGCGCGGCGUCCUCUCCUCCAUGCUGCGCGCCCUCCACCGCGCCCUGUGGUGGGUCUCCGUGCCCGACCGCGCGCCCGGGCCGGGCCGCACCGAGCGCGUCGUCGACCCGGGGACGCGCCACCACCCCACGGACGUCACGGGCCUCGGCCGCCAGGCCCUCACGCGCAUCCUGGCGGACCUGAAGAUGUUUCUGGGGUUCCCGCACGUCGUGGAGCGGUUCCUGUUCAGCAGCUGCGGCGAGGGGGGCGCCCGGCCGGCGGCGCGCGACGGCGGCGAGAUGGCGAUGCUCGUGCAGGCGUACCGGUGCUGCCAGUACAUGUGCUGGAGCCGCCGGAAGGUCGACGCGCACGUGGAGUGGGAGGUCGAGGAGUGGCACGUGGCGGCGUCGGUCGAGAUACAGAUGUUCUACUUCCUGCUCAUGUCGAUACAGGCAACGCACCUCACCGCGGGCCCGCACGGCGCUGCCGCGCCGCCGAACGCGCUCGGGCUGCGCGCCAGCCACCUCGUGCGGGCGGCGCAUGCGUUUGCGCACGCCGCGCGCGAGUGGUCCGAAGCGUACCCGCUGCGCCUUACGGGAUGGGGCGACGAGGAAGCUGGCGACGACAGCGACCGCGAAGUGCCCGUCACGGCGCCCCUGCCCGCGGUGUGGCUGCCCGCGCGCAGCGACGGCGUCACGGCCGCGACGGCGGCGACGUGGGCCGGCCCCCGCGGGAUCGACGUCGCGGACGACGUGGCGUCGAGCUGGGACGAGCUGACGCGCGCGCAGGGCGCCGCCGCGUCGCUGCACGUGCCGCUGCAGCGCGGCAACAUUGCGCUGGUCGCGCUGGCGCUGGCAAGCUGCCGCGGCGACGCGUCCGGCGCGGACUGCGGGCCCGAGGCCGUCCGCGAGCAGCUGCUGCAGAUGCCCCUCGGCCACGUCGUCCUCGAUCCGCUCCGCGUGAUGGCGUGGGUCGCGCAGGUCCGCGCGGGGCUGUGGGUGCGCAACGGGCGCUCGGUGGCGCUCAUGGCGAGCAUGUACGGGUCGUCGCAGAUGGCGGAGAUGGUCCAGGAGCACGACCUGCUCGGACUGCAGAUGUACCUCGCGCUGUACCCGGACCAGGGCCGCGCGUGGGCGUCCGUGGCGGCGGCGUUCGGCGCCGCGCCGCUUGCGGCGCCGUUUCUUGUCGCGGGCGCCGAGGUGCGCGGGGACGCGCCGGGGAGCUUCCUCGAGGCCACGCGGGACAUGGAUGGAGCCGGGGAGGACGCCACGGGCGACGGCGGGCCGCUGCGGGGCGACGCGGAGCUGUGCGCGGCGGCGGCGGUGCUCGCCAGAGGCCCCGGGGGGGACUCUCAGCGCGCGGCGUGCGUGGCGGCCGGGAUGCGGGCGCUGCUGGCGGCCGGCACGGACCGCGGCGCGUGGGGCCGCGGGCUCGACGAGAAGCUCGAGGACGACCUGACUCAGUGGCUGUGCGCCGAGGACGCAAAACACUCCACCCUGACGGACUCCCGGAUCGGCCCGCUGGUCGGGGGCCUCCCGGACGUGGACGCGGUGCUCGCGCGGCUGGCCGUGUACCGCGAGCCCACGCUGUACGACGACGGGAAGUUCGCCCCGCGCCCGGAGACGCUCCUGCGGUUCGACCCCACCACGCCGCGCCUGCCGCGGGAGAAGCUGGACGCCGCGACGCGCCGUGCGGCCGCCGCGCCGGGGUGGACGCCCGCGCACGCGCUGCAGCCGUGGCACGACGCCGGUCCGGGUCUGGCUUGGUUCGUCGACGCCCUCGGCCGCGCGUUCCUCACCUCGCCGGCGCUGGGCAUGGCCAUCGCCGCCGCAGCCACCCCGCUGUGCGCGGGGAGCGCCGGGCAGGGCGCGAUGGGCUGCGAGGUCGCCGCGCUGGGCGUGCACAUGCUCGCGCUGGCCACAAACUUCGCAUCCCGGGCAGGAGCGUCCGCGGAAGACGCGCAGCGUCUGCUUGCGGUUGCGGCGGACGGUGUGGCGCCGUGCAAGACCGGGGCGCUCGCGGUGCUGCGCCUGCUCGCGUCCGCGACGGAGGUUGUCGACAAGAACCUUCCUGGCCUCGCGGCAGCCGCGGCGAGCCGCAUGGAGCGCUUCAUUGCCGCGAACGGCGGCGACGUGGGGCGCAUGACCUCGCGGGAGGCCUCCGCGACGACGUCGGACGCCCCCGCCGCGAGCGAGGGCGGCGCGACGCAGAAUCAGGGCCGUGCGGUGCAAGCGGCGCUGAUGGAGCGGCUGCGCGCGCAGCAGAAAGCGGUGGCGCAGCAGCUUGCGAUGGCGCAGACACAGGGCGCGGACGAACCCGGGCGGAUCCGCGACAGCACGUCGAGCUCGGUGGACGACGUCGAAGUCGUUGGGAGGGUGCGCCCGGACGACGCGGACAUGGCGGAGCCGGACCGGCUCGGCGCGGUGGAGGAGUCGCGCCGUGCGUUCUUCGCGCGAUUCGAACCGGACAGUUGGAAGGAGCUGGAGCACUCGUGCGUCUUCUGUCACAUGUCUCCAGAGGACUACGACGACGAGCCACUGUGCCUGAUCGCGUUCCUACAGCGGUCGACGGUGCUGCGGCGGUGCGGGGGCGGCCCUGCGCUAGACCACGGUGCGCCGGGACGGAUGCCGUGCGACCCGGCGGUCUCGCCCAGCGGGUACGCGCAGCACGUAGCGCGCGGCGGGCUCGGGGGCGCGGCGCCCUGCGACAUUCUGCAGCGCUUCGGCCACGCCCCGCUUGCGGACGGUGCGGUGUGGUGCGGGGCGUCGCGGAGCAUCGUGGACGGGCUACUGAUGCCACACGUGCGGACCUGCGGGCAUGCCGCGCACCGGGGCUGCCUGAACUCGUUCCUGACCGCGCAGCAGGAGUCGGCGGCGGUGCACGCGGUCCCUCCGCCGUGCAGUGCCGAGCAGGGGGAGUUCCUGUGCCCGAUUUGCCGGCGCAUGGCGAACGCGCUGCUCCCGAUGAUGGCCUCGGACGAGCCGCUCGACAUGACGACAUCCGGCGUCGACGCCGCCGCCGCCGUCCCGGACGCCGGCACCCUCGCCGCACUCUGUGCACGCGGGGGUGUGUUGCCUGACGUGGCAGACGCAGCGCGGCUCGCCGUCGCGCGUGGGCGCGUGGCCGCCGUGCUCGCUCUGUCCGGCAGCCCCCGCCUGGCCCCGAUGUCCGACGAUCCCCGCACUCACAUGCGGCAACACCUCUCCCACUUCCUCCCUGGCAUGGACCAGCGCGCUGGCGCCAUCGCCGAGCUGGUCCCGCGGGCGCUCGGCGCGCUCCACGGCGAGAACAUCGGGCUCCCGGCGGGCCGCUGGAUCGUCGGCAAGCUCCCCGGCAGCGACAAGAUAUUUCCGGACAUGCUCCGCGCCGCCGGCGACAUGUCUGCCCCGAAGAUGCUGCUGGCUUGCUACCCGCCGACGGGCCCCCCGCACGACCCCGCGGGCGGCGCGAGCAACAGCCACGCGCCGCUGUCGUCCGCGAGCGAGCGCGCGUCGGUCCUCGGCCGCGCGAGCGUCCCCCACACCCCCGCGCUGUCUGCGCCCGGCUCCCACGCGGGGCAGGGGCGCGUCCGGCCGCGGUCGGCGAGCAUGGAGCUCUCGGCGGGCGAGGAGUCGCCUCAGCAGCCGGGGCACCCGCCGGACCGCAUCCGCCGCGGCUCCACCAGCUGCGUGGACGUCCCGGAGGCGCACGUGAUCAAGCGCAUGCACAGAAUGAACUUCGGGCCCGCGGACGGCGACGGAGAGUCCCCGCCGAAGGACAGCGCGGCGGCGAUCGUCUCGCACGACUGCGCGGACCUCAGCGACGGGUCGGACAUGGGCGAGCCCGCGCAGCCCGGGGGGCCGGCGGUGCUAGCGGCACCGGUGGCCGCCGCUGCGCCGGGGCCGCUCCCGCGGCCGUUCAUGGCGCAGCUGGGCGCUCGCGGGGCGACGGCGCGGUUCGAGAGCUUCCUCUGCCUGCUCCUCGCGCACCUGUGCGCGCACUACGAGGCGUGUCGCCGCGCGCCGCCCACGCUGCGGUCCACCAUGCGCGGCCUCCACAAGCCCGCCACGGACGGCCUGUCCCCGACCAAGGCGGUCCGCGCCGACGCUGAGCCGCCGCACGCCGGCCCAGACCCCGAGGACGAACGCCCCGUCGGAACGAUCGAGCGCGGACAGUGGACGGCGAUGCGCAGCGUGUUUUUGGCGUGGGUCGCCGCGGCGCUCGUCCCGCCGGCCCUCCGCACGGCCUCGCACGCGCCAGGCGGCGCCGCCGUCGCCGUCGCCACCGCGACCGCCGAGUCCGCGGAGCCUCUCGUUGCGUGGCUGCGCGGAGGGCAGGAGCUCCGCAUCCCCGCUGCGUGGCACGCGCUGCUCCGCGACCCUUGGAUGCUGACCGUCCGGCUCUUCGGCAUCCUCGUCCCCGCGGCCGCGGGCGCCUCGCCCGGCCUCCACGCUCCCGCACCCGGCACCGAUGCGUCCUCGAAGCACGCGCCGCACCCCGCUGCAGUGCUCGCGUCCAUCCUGCGGCUGACGUGGCCGAUCGCGGCCGAGCAGGCCGCCGCGGAGGCCGCGCGACUGCUCCCGCCGAGCGCCUCGGUCGAGGUCCGGUCUUGCGCCACGGCGGCGAUCGCGCUGCCGUUCCUGCGGCGAGCGGAGGUCGUCGCCGGGCUCGUGCUGGACGCCCCGGCGCCGUCGCUGCCCGCGGCCGCAUCGCCCGCGCACGCCGACGACGCGUCGCGGCUCCGCGCGGCGGCCCUGGCCGCGGACGGCCACUGCGCCGCGCUCGGCCUGCGCUGCCUGUCGGACAUGCAGUACCUGUGGUCGGGCCUCGACGAGCCCGGCGCGCCACCCGCGGCCGCGCGCGCGGACUUCUUCCUGGCGACGUGCGAGAUGCGGUGCGGGCACUGCAAGCGCCGCGAGGGCGUGGACGUCGCGAUGUGCCUCGCGUGCGGCGCGUGCAUGUGCUGCGGCGGGUACCGGUCGUGCGAGACGGCAGCGGCGGUGGCGGGGGCGGUGGAGCCGAACUGGGACGCGUGCGAGGCGCCGCGGGAGGGGGAGCGCGCGGGGCUAGGGGUGUCGACGCGGGGCGUGGCGCGGUGCUUCCAGCACGCGCGGCGGUGCGGCGGCGGCGCGGGGUUGUUUAUUCUUCUGGAGUCGACGCGGGUGGUGGUGCUGCGGGACCACAGGUUCGCGGUGGCGCCCGGGGUGUACCUGGACUCGUACGGCGACGAGGACAUAUCGAUGCGGAGGGGCAGGCCGCUGUUUUUGAACGAGGUGCGGUACCGCCGGCUGAGCGAGAUGUGGGCCGCGUGCGCGCUGGACUUCGACAGCGCGCUGGUGGCCGCGAGCAGGGGGAACGCGCGCGCGAUGGCGUGA